UAACCUUAACAUGUAGAAAAAGAGUAUUAAAAAAAUAAAAAAAGGUUAGCAUUAUUGGAGUAUGAUUACUUGAGAGACACUAAAAGCAUAAUAAAUUGUAGGGAGUAUAGUUGGCUAGUAAAGAAGUUAGAAAAAGUGAGUGAGAAGCAUGGAAACAGAGAGAAAGACGGGCAUCUAUGAUCUACCCACAUACAAUCAAAGGUGAAUCCAAUUCCCCCAUUACCAAAAAAAAAAAGCCAUAUUGGUCCUCCCUUACUUCAUUUCCUCUUUCCAAUACAAAAAUUACACCAUAUUCUCCCAUUUCAGACCCAUAUAAACCAUCCAUAAACGAAUCAAACCAACACUUCCCGUUCACGUAUUCCUUUCUUACUCAUACCCUUUACAAAAUCUAAACCAUGAACCAAAAUCAUCUCUCUCUAUUACUCCUCUUUCUACUCCUCCCACAGGUCUACUCCCAAGUAUGCCAACGCUUCUGCGGCGACAUCCCUCUCCGCUACCCCUUCGGGGGCGGUCCGGGGUGUGGCGACCCUAGGUUUACUAAACAUGUUACAUGCAACCAAAGACAACUCACCUUCAUCACCCACACCGGCUCAUACCCGGUCACCAACAUCGAUUAUGACAAAAAGGUACUUUAUGUUUCUGAUCCAACUAUGUCGUCCUGUUUUUGUACUCAGCCUAGCAAAGGGUUCAGCCUCGACUGGGACGCUCCAUUCUCUUUCGAUGACAGCAGUGUCUUUGCACUACUGGACUGCUCAUUAGAUUCGUCACCUAUAUAUAAAGGCGCUGUCAAUGGGAACAUUACUAACGUCCCCCAGUGUGAUAAUGCAGGUACCACACUCUGCAGCUCGCUCUACUCUUGUCAGCCUAUCAGCCAGCUAAACGUCCCGAUCAACACAUGCUGUGUGUAUGCGCCCGUGGAUCUGGGGCCCGCCUUUGAGAUGGACCUGCAAAAGGCACAGUGCAAGGCAUACACUGCAAUUUACAGCUUCAAUGACCAGGAAGGGAAUCCCGAAGCAUGGAAGUACGGGGUGGCAUUGAAGUACAAGUUCAACGUCAAGAAUGAUUAUCCGAUUUAUUGUAGCAAUUGUGAGAGAAGUAACGGGGCUUGUGCUUUCACUGGAAUUUACAAUACUUUUGUGUGUAAUUGUCCAAGUGGAGUGAACACUUCUACAGACUGUUACUUUCAAAGUGCUUGGAAUUCAGGGCUAAUUCUUUCUCCUUGGGUUAAUGGAAGUUUGAUCCUAUAUUCUAUUAUGCUACUAUUGUUCUGGAUCUCAUGGUAGAAUUACGACAUCACAGUGAAAUUUCAGACAAAAGAACCAGAUCAGACUCGGCGUUCUUUUCCCCUUCUUUUAGUACUCUUAAAGUUCUUAAGAUUUUUGCAUGUAUGUUUUUAUUUUUUUGGGUUUAUUGAGACAAGUAAUUGUAAAAUAUGAUGAUGCAAUUAAAUUUAUGGGUUUAUUCCAA